GACGUUGGUGGAUGUGGUCAGCCAUUUUGUCGCUGAUACAGCAGUGGUUACACACUGGCACAGACACACCGGCGACGGAGGGGGCGAGAGCCGUUGGCCUGACAAAACUCAGCUUGUUGGGAAGCAUUUCGCUCUUCGAAGUGAUCAAGGGGCUAUUCCACCGUGCCCCUGGUGCCCCCCCCUUCCCCCUCCCCCCGUCCUCAAACAACCCCCCUUCCCCCCUUCCACCCCCCCAAAAAACCCUUGGCCUGUUGGGAUCAACCUCCCUUGUUCCCUACCUCCCCUUGUCUUCCUAUCUUCCACCCAUCCUCCCUGAACUCCAACCGUCCUCUGCUGCAAUAAGAUCUCUCCAUCCCAUCCGCCAAGCUGUCGGACAUGUCAGGACCAGUGCCGAGCCGGGCCCGUGUGUACACUGAGGUCAACACCCACCGGCCCAGGGAGUACUGGGACUACGAGUCCCAUGUAGUUGAAUGGGGAAACCAGGAUGACUUUCAGUUAGUGCGGAAGCUAGGGCGUGGCAAGUACAGUGAAGUUUUUGAGGCAAUCAACAUCACCAAUAAUGAGAAAGUUGUGGUGAAGAUACUGAAGCCUGUGAAGAAAAAGAAAAUCAAGCGUGAGAUUAAGAUUUUGGAGAAUUUACGCGGAGGUCCUAACAUCAUCUCCCUCAUAGAUAUUGUGAAAGACCCUGUACGUGGUGAGCCCACCACCUGUGCAAGCUUAUCGAUUUCACUUGGGUUGGAGAAGUAUGUGUCUUCCCGCACACCCGCUUUGGUCUUUGAACAUGUCAACAACACAGACUUCAAGCAACUGUACCAGACCCUGACAGACUAUGACAUCCGGUUCUACAUGUACGAGAUCCUCAAAGCCCUGGACUACUGCCACAGCAUGGGAAUAAUGCAUAGAGAUGUGAAGCCACAUAACGUGAUGAUUGAUCAUGAACACCGCAAGUUACGCCUUAUUGACUGGGGUCUGGCAGAGUUUUACCAUCCAGGACAGGAGUAUAAUGUCAGAGUCGCCUCUCGCUACUUUAAAGGACCUGAGCUCUUAGUGGACUAUCAGAUGUAUGACUACAGUCUGGAUAUGUGGAGCCUUGGCUGUAUGCUGGCGAGCAUGAUCUUCAGGAAGGAGCCCUUCUUCCAUGGCCAUGACAACUAUGACCAGUUGGUGAGAAUAGCCAAGGUUCUGGGAACUGAAGACCUGUACGACUACAUUGACAAGUACAACAUUGAGCUGGAACCUCGCUUCAAUGACAUUCUGGGAAGGCAUUCACGUAAGCGGUGGGAGAGGUUCGUCCACAGUGAGAACCAGCACUUGGUCAGCCCUGAGGCUCUGGAUUUCUUGGACAAGCUGCUGCGCUAUGACCACCAAGCCCGGCUGACCGCCCAUGAGGCCAUGGAUCACCCUUACUUCUUCCCCAUUGUGAAAGAUCAGUCUCGUGUGGCCGGAUCAGCCAACUUGCCCAGUGGGAAUACAGCUGUUAGCACAGCCAGCAUGAUCACUGGUAUCUCUGCCUUGCCAGCCUCCACUGCCCUGGGCCCUCUCAUUGGCACGCCGGUCCUGUCUGCUGCCACCAAUGCCCUGAGCACCCCGGUGCCCGCUGCUGCCGGUGCCCCACAGUGACACCCCAUCUAAAUCCUCAUCUCUCCCAUCUCCACCACCACCACCACCCAGCUCGGGUGAAGAACUAGACAGGUGCCAUUCUGCCAGCCCUCACCACACCCUGUCUAACUCAGUGUAACCCUGGCUGGAGGACACUGUCGUCAAAGAAAAAAAAAAGUUUCAGCAUUCCUUUCCUUCCUUGAAUGAACGUGUUAACCUGACAUCUGAAAUGAAUGUUCUGUGUAACUGAAAUAUACAGAUAAUCCCUCCAUUUUCUCACAAGCUGUAGUGAUUACAUGGGUGUGUGUUUGUGUGGUGAGUCUGAGAACGAGUGUUGUCCAUGGCGGAUUUGGGUCUCAUGACCCGCCCAGCCCCACCCUGUGUUUUAGUUUGGACAGUGAAGGCACUGGUCAAUAAGUACAUCAACAGAAGGCAAAAGAAAAAAGAUGUUCAAGAGGAGCACAUCCUGUGUAGUUCACUACUGCAACUUUGUCAUAAACAACAUCUGAUGAAAACACUCAGUUUACCUCCCGAGACCAGUCUUUACACCCUCCAUGUUGCAGCAUUUUGGAAGUGUUUGGUGCUGUCCUGUGCUCCAGCUGUAUGUGAACGCAAUGACACUUGAACACUUUCUCUGCCUGAGUAGUCCUGUCUUGCCUUUCUUACCACACCAGAUCACCAGUCUUCUUUUGAUAAUACGACUCCCCGUCAUGUCAUCCAUUAUUAAACUGUUUUGUAUUGCAAUGUUGUGGACUGCUGGAUAAGGUUCAUUACCAUCAGGUGGUUUGAUCAACUCUAGUGUUGUACUCUGAUCUCUUAAGAAACCAGGUAAAGUUCAUUCAGGUUCUCAAAGAAAGUUUCUCAAAUGUGCUGCUUUCCAGAUCCUUGAACUGCUUCAAGUGGCUUUUCUUGAAUUACUCCAAGACAUAACCAAAGUUUACCCAGAUGGUUGGAAGAAGAGACUCAGACCUAGUUUUAUUUUGUGGAAGUUACUUAUGGAGACGCCUUGACACAGGUUGAAAGUGUGGGUUCUAGUGAAUAAGAUCACGGCAUGAUACAAUAAUCAUCUGCAGGUGACUGAAGUGCUAUUAGUGUUGUGACACGGGUGAGCUUAGUGAUGAGUAAUACAGUUAAUUGGCCUUCACCACCAUGUUGAGGGAAGUAUUGAAGUUGAAUUGUUGAAUAGCACUUGAAGGGUAGCGUGUUGCGCAGUGUUUUAGUGUCAGAGUUUGAAAGUUUAAGUUUUAGACCCUGCAGUACAUACGCAUACUUUUAUUUUCCCAUUACAAAACCUUAUAAUGCAAAUAAAUCAGAAAAUGUAUACGUUGACCUGUGAACAGAGCAGUUCGAGUCCCUACAUCACUGUAUAUAUUUUUAUGUUCUUAUGUAGACGACUAGUAUUUGAAAAUAUUUGUGUAAAUAAACACGUGUUUUAUUUAUCAGGUA